AUGGACGAGAAUGGAUCUCUCUAUGUCGUUGACGAUAGAAAACAUGAAGUGAGACGAUAUCGAAGAGGAGAAUCUCAAGGAAUAGUGGUUGCAGGUGGCAAUGGAAGUGGAAAUCGUCUCGAUCAACUCUCUAACCCACAAUAUGUAUUCGUCGAUCGAGAUCAUUCAGUAUACGUGUCUGAUUCCGGAAAUCAUCGUGUGAUGAAAUGGGUGGAAGGUGCAAAACAAGGCAUUGUCGUGGCUGGUGGUCAAAGAGAAGGAAACGGUCUUACACAGUUGUCACAUCCUGAAGGAGUCGUUGUCGAUCAAUUGGGCACUGUCUAUGUGGCUGAUAAAUGGAAUCAUCGAAUAAUGCGUUGGCCCAAAGGAGUCACAAAGGGAAGUGUCAUUGUUGGUGGAAACGGUGGAGGAGGACAAUCGAACCAAUUCAAUGAGCCCAUCGGUUUGUCAUUCGAUCGACACAGCAAUCUCUAUGUCGUCGAAUACAGAAAUCAUCGAGUACAAAAUAUCAAUGUAAAUUCAUAA